UGGUAUAUUUUAAAUAGCUAUGUGGCAACAUAACUGUGUUACACCGUGUGGUAAUUCGUAGCGUAUCGCCGUACGUCGUCAAUAACUCGCUAGGAACCCGGGGCGUGUUCUCAGCAACUCGUAAAAUUGAAAGAAACCGACCGGCUAACCUUGCUAAUAACAUCAAGGAGUAUUUGUGCCUCUCUCAGGUGUCAUAUUGAAAUGCUAUCGUCGCUUCAUCUAGUCACACCCCUGUUUAGUAAAUCGUGAAUCUGCGUUUCUGCCGUUAGACCUAUAUUCCAUCGCGUGGAGUGUUACAGAAGUUGGUGACUGAGCUAAUGUUGUGCAGUGUUGAAUUCAGUGCGAGAUCCCGCGUACAUUGAUGGGCGGCAUUUUGUUGUCGAAGAGGGCGGCAAAGCGGCCGCACGGGCGGGCACUUGCUUCCUGGAGGGUCUACAUUAAAAUCCGUCACACUGGAACUGAUGGAAUUGGAGAAUAUUGUCGCGAACACUGUCUACUUAAAAGCCAGAGAGGGCGGUUCCGAUAGCAACAAGGGCAAGAGCAAGAAGUGGCGCAAGAUCCUCCAGUUCCCACACAUAUCGCAAUGUUUAGAUAUAAAAACAAAAAUAGAUGUAGGCUACGAGUACGUGGUGGACCAGCAGCCGAUCGGCAAGCUGUUGUUCCGACAGUUCUGCGAAAGGACGCGGCCUCAGUAUCACAAGUACAAUGGAUUCCUCGAUGCCGUGGAGCGGUACGAAGUGGGACUGGAGGAGACGCGAGUUGCACUCGCAGCGGAAGUGUUCGGCAGAUAUUUGAAGCAGGAGGGAGGCGAGGCAGUCACCGAUGUUGUUGUGCCAACGGUUGUCGAUGACGCCAGCUCACUGCUUGAAGGUAACGUGAUAGACAACGAGCGGUACACAUUCAGUCCUGACUGGUUCUCAUUCGGAUGUCUCGUGUACGAGAUGAUAGAGGGUCGGGCGCCAUUCCGCGCGCGCAAGGAGAAGGUCAAACGAGAAGAGGUCGACAGGAGGGUUAAGCAUGAACAAGAGAAGUAUUCAAGCAAGUUCAGUGAGUGCGCGCGAGCUUUGUGCAGCGCGCUGUUGGCCAAGAGUUGUGCCAGCAGGCUGGGCGGUGCGGGCAGACGCGGAGCUGAUACUGUUAAAGCACAUCGCUUCUUCCAAAGGCUCAACUGGCCUAGACUUGAAGCUGGAUUACUAGAAGCACCUUUUGUACCUGAUCCGCACGCGGUGUACGCGAAGGACGUAUUGGACAUCGAGCAGUUCUCCACGGUGAAGGGGGUGAACCUGGACGCGGCUGACGACACUUUCUACGGCAAGUUCAACACCGGCAGCGUCAGCAUCCCCUGGCAGUGCGAGAUGAUUGAGACCGGCUGCUUCAAUGAACUCAAUGUAUUCGCUAGAGGUGAGGACAACAAGGAGUGCCGCACCCCGGACCUGCAGCUGACGCCCGCAGUCAGCCCGCCCGAGGAGGAGGCGGGCUGCUUCAUGUUCGCACGACGGACGCUGUGCCCCCAGAAGAAGAUACCUCCCAGACUUCGUCCGAUACCUGUGCCGGAGCAUCUCCUCAACAACACACAGACGCACGCGCACGCGCACGCGCACGCGAACAGCUGAUGAAACUCCUCCACCUACACCGCACUCCACUGUACCUAUACAAUCUUACACAUUCACACUAAAACUUUCUAAACUGACCGAACUCACCAUUUGAGAGAAGAUUUACACUAAGGGUCACACUUAAGAGAUAUCGCAUAGGAAAGAGACAUAUCUGUACGUCUCUUUCUGUGUCUAUUAAAUGUAGGCAAGACAUCUGUAAUCGUGAAUGUCUGAAAAGCAGUUAUUUCGCUAUUUUGGCGAAAGCCGCUUGUUUAUUUGCCUACUAAUAUUAUAAAAAAGACCUUUAUAAAGAUUUUUCAAUUUUUUUCAAGAUAAUUUAAGUUCACAUUUGAACGUAAAUUAUGUAAUUCAGUUAACAAAGUUUUAGUGUUAAUUUUAACAUAUUAAAUACUGUUUGGUACAAGAAAAAGGUAAAUCACACUCAAUAAUGGUGUCAUGGUGGCAUCAAAUAUGUCAUUAAGUUUACUCAGUUGUCAAAGACGUAAAGUUUGCUGUUUAAAUGGAUAUGUCAGUUUGAAACAAAUGUUUGUCAAAUAAUGCACUCAUAGUCGUUAAAUGGGCACUAAGGGAGACCCUUGGUGUUGAUUUAUACUAAGAGAUUGUUCGUUAAACAUGUGAUAUUUUAUUAGUAAUUCUAUGACUUCCUAUCAGUCUCCUUUUGGUGAUAUUAAAUUUGAAGCUAACCAAAUACUAGUUGUCGUCCGCGUCUCCGUUCGUGCGGAUUUAAAAUUAGUAGCCUAUGUGUUCAUCCAGAUUGUGUGAGUUUAUUGAGGUGUUUCAAUCCGUUCUGGAGAUACUUUCUAACAAACAUCCAUCCAUCCAUACAUCAAAACAUUCGCAUUUAUA